AUAAGGCAGUUUGUUUGAAAUGUGUGUGUUUCUCAUUUUUAAUAAAAAAUUAAACAUUUUGAUUUGAAUGCAGAUUAUAUUUUUCUUAAUUUAUUUCUUGCUGAAUGAUAACUCGAGUUAAGUAGUACAUACUUUCAGCUUUAUUUUCAUCUAUUGGACAUAUUUUUUUGGCUCGAGCUUUCAUACUGAAAUUCAUCAUGUAAUGUGUUUGUAUCUGUCAUACUUUGUGAGGUAGUAAAAUGGACCACAACAACAAUUCUUGUUUUUCGAUUUGAUUUAGGCAAUUACGAGGUGUGCGUUGAAAUCGAACCGAGUCAAGAACCACAAAAAUGGCAGAAAUAACAUCCGACCACGUCUAUGAUGCUGCUCAAUCUACUCUUGUAACCCUGAAAGAAUUAUCAGCGAUCGCCGUUGCUCUGAAAAUAUGGCGCUGCGAAAUAAAUAAGUAUCGAACGAAUGACGAAUUGGAAAAUUUUAAUCCAGACAAAUUACAAGUUUCAUUAAAGGCACAAAAUCCUGAUUUACCAACCGUGAUCGAUACCAUGAUCAGAAAAUAUGUUUCAGAGUUGGGACUUUCAAUAGAUACGUGGCUGAAAGAGCAUCACAAACGAGUACUACCUUUCCAUUAUGGUCAUCGAAACUAUAUUUUGGAAGACUUCGACGACUUCGUAUGCGAUUGCGACGGCGCUAUUGAUUAUGCUAGCACAGCCGAAUGUAUGCUGCGUUCUGAUAGAUUGGGCAAGACCAAGAAAUUCAAAAUAGCGUGCGCAUAUUUUCUCGAAGAUUAUGUUAGACGAGUAUGGCCUUCAGUAUGCAAAAAGAUAAGUUUGCAUUGUAUUAAUUUUGGCGAGUGCCCUGAAUUGUAUUAUUGGAUUUGCUGCCUUAGAAAUGAAUUAUAUAAGAUACCAAUCCUCGCCAUGGAAAAUUAUGUUAUUGAUGGCGAAAUGCUACUCAUUUGCAUGCCUUACAAUAGAUCAUCUGUAGAAUAUUUUUGGAAUCGUAUACCUUACCAAAAUCAAGUUAGAAAAGCUUUGCGACUGCAUAAGCGUGAAAUUGUAACAUUUAUCAAGUUCAUUUUACCGAAAUUCGAUGACCAUCAGCUUGAUGACUUUGUCAAUAACGAAGAUUGUGAUUUGAUGCAUGCUUUGUUGAAAGAUAAUCGCCUUAAUGAAAGAUUGAUAGGUCAAACUUGGAUGCGUAUAAGAAACAUAAUCAACGAACAGAGUUUUACCAAACUAGUCGUGGGUGUGUUUGAAUUUUAUAUCGAUAAUCUCCGAGCGAUGGAUAAGAAUCAAUUGUCUGAGAAUUGGGUUUAUCUAUGUCGUGAAAUAUGGCACAGUGCUCCGCAUGGUUUGAGGAGAUCGGCCAUUGAGAAUAUAUCAUCCGACUUCUGGCGUACGAUUAUACAUGAUUUUCCUUCCGAGUCCUUAUUGACUGUGCUAACUUGCGGAUCUACCGAGGAGAGAAGCUUAUUUUGGAGCAAGUGCUGGCCUAAUUUGAUUGAAUUCAGAAAUGGCGAAGAAUUGCAGCAAAUAAUGGAAACGUGUUUCGAAAACUGCGAUGCAAUUAUUCAAUACAAAGAGAACGUUAUGGCAACUAGUGAUCAUGUACGAGAUCUCUGCGACUUGUUAUUGUCGAGGCCGGAUUUUGACAAAUUGAAUGUUUUUGUGAAUUUUUGUUUUCCUAACGAAGAUGCAGCGAGACUUUUCAAGCUUCAGUCGCUAGAGUCAAAUUUCCUCCGUAGAUACCAUGUUUUUCAAAAAAACCAUUUUGCUCAAGCAGCAAAAUUCAACAAGUUUAUCAACGAUACCUAUAACAACACUACUCUCGCUACAAAUUUUAAAAAUCAUCUGUUGUCUCUGCCUAUCAUUCGAUGUUUUACACCUCGGCGGUUGGGCAGUAAAAAAGUAUGGUCUGAGCAGUUAAUUGAAUUCGUGGAAUUUAUCGAGACGUUUGUUUCAAACGACCGAAAUCUGGAAAGGAUAAAAAUGCUGGUAAUUAAUCAUUGGAAGGAAAAUGGAUUUAUUGUCGAGUAUGCUCGUUUAUUUGGUUUUAGCCACGAAUGUUCUUGUUCCCUUGAUCAGUUUUUGUUAUGGUGUCUAGGAAGUGAUGAAGAAGUUGGCAAAUUUAAGCAAACAUAUGCCCUACGCUGGUGUUCGGGAAUUGAUGUUGAUGCUGAGUCCUUCGACAUUAGUCAAGUACGUUUCCCUGACGCUGAUCAGCUUUUGUUGUGGUGUUUGGGAAGUGCUGAAGAAGUUGUAAAAUUUAAGCAAAUCUACAUUAUGUCACACCCUUUAAUACUCGGAUGUCCUAUUGAUGUCGAAUUUUUGGCGCUAUAUGGAAUUCGUUAUAGUGCUUAGAUGUUUAUUUUUAAUGUUUUAUGAUCCCUUUGAAUAAUUAUACUUAUAGGUAAUGAUGAAUCCCUAUUAUUUUUAGAUCUCCGUGGUGUUUUUAAUACCUACUUAAAUAAAGUUGGUUCAAUUCA